AUGAAGAUCCACGGGGUCAUCUUAUUCCUUCUCUUCUGUGAAUUUCAUGGUCAACCAUAUCCUGAUGCAUCUCAGGACAGUGACCAAGAAACGAAAACCAUAAAGAUUGGUCUUAUUCUGGACUCGAAAUCAUGGGUGGGGAAGGUUGUUAACAGCUGCAUUACAAUGGCAAUUUCAGACUUUUACAUGCUCAAUGGACAGUAUAAAACAAGGAUUGCUCUUGAAACAAGAGAUUUGAGAGGAGAACCGCUGAAUUAUUUAGCUGCUGCUUUUGAUCUUCUGGAAAAUGCUGAAACGCAUGCGAUCAUAGUCCCAGAAAUGUCAAGUGAACUGACCUUCUUGGCCACUCUAUGUGACAGAGCUAAUGUGCUGUUGUUUUCAUUUUCUUCAACAUCAUCAUUCAAUGAACAUCCUUAUUUGUUGCAAGUUGCACAAGAUGAGACCACUCAAUUCAAUGGUGUUGCUGCCAUUUUAGGAGCAUUCCAAUGGAGGACUGUUGUACUUAUCUACGAGGACACUGUAGAUACCGGACAAAUUCUAUCACAUCUACACGACACCUUUCGUGGUAAUGAUGUGGAUGCUCAUUUACUGUAA